CUCCCACAAUGCAUUGCAAUUUUAACAUGGCGCCUCACACAGCUGCCUGACUCCCAGCUAGCAGACUAAAACGCGGCAGAGAGUAAACAAGACUGCGAUUAGGCUGAAUAUUAAUAAUUUGGACAAGAGGAUGAAAUGGUUGCUGACGGUACUAAAACAAACCCACAAACCAGCCGUUAACAUCAGCCGUCCGAGCUCGUGCGCGAGCAGCGGCCUGUUACCUCUCCGAGAUGAGGUAGUCGUGGGGUCAAGCCGGGAGCUGGUACAGACAAUCGGCUCUCAGGUGGAGGUGAGGACAGGCUUCAUUUCUGAGGAAGAAGAGGCAGCUUUUCUGCGAGAGCUGGAACCAAGCCUGAAGAAGAAACGCUACGAAUACGACCACUGGGACGAUGCAAUUCAUGGUUAUCGAGAGACUGAGCGGGUGCGAUGGGGACCAGCAUGUGAGAAAAUCCUGAACCGCGUCCGAUCUGUGGCGUUUGCUGAUGGCAGUCCUCUACUCGGCCCAGCACACAUUCUAGAUUUGGACAAAGCUGGCUACAUCAAGCCGCAUGUCGACAGUGUCAAGUUUUGUGGCAGCACCAUUGCCGGGGUGAGUCUUUUGUCAGACAGUAUCAUGCGCUUGGUGAAGGUGGAUGCCCCCAACGAAUGGCUGGACCUGCUGCUGUCCCGACGCUCCCUCUACAUAUUGAGGGACAAGGCCAGAUAUGACUUCACUCACGAAAUCCUUAAAGAUGAGGAGUCUGUGUUCAACGGACAGAGGGUGCAUCGGGAGCGUCGGAUCUCCGUCAUCUGCCGGAACCUUCCGGGCUAACACCUGCUUUGUCUCAGCUUGGAUAUGAACUGAAGAUAAAAUGAGCAGAGAUUAUGUGCCAGUGAUCGCUAUGGAGAUGUUAGCGCCACAAAGUUUGUUUUAAUAGAACCAGAAUUCUGUUUAUAUCAGAAACUAUUAUUUUACCCAAGUCCGGUCCUCGAGAUUUACCAUCCUGCAACUUUUCGAUGCAACCCUUCUCCAACACACCUGAAUCAAAUGACUGGCUCGUUACCAGGCCUCUGCAGAGCUGAGAUGCAGAUGACAUCUGAUUCAAGUGUGUUGGAGAAGGGUUGCAUCUGAAAGUUGCAGGAUGGUAGAUCUCGAGGACCGAACUUGGGCGCCCCUGGUCCAACCUAAUUUGCCCAAACUACUGAAGAGUACGUUCAUGCACCUGUUAUCAGCAUUACAAUUCAUGGAUGUUCUAUAACUUAUAAAUUGUGUAUUUAUAUACUGCAAACUUCGGAAUGGUCCAUCUGUAUAUAUAUAUAUAUAUAUAUAUUUUUGUGAAGCACAUGCAGCCAUUCUGCUAACAGAUGAACCCAAAUACAAUAAAAAAGCCCUUCUUGGUUCAGUAAAUGACUUUAAAUCCAUGAUGAUGUUGUAUUAAUAAAUCUAAUCCAGCAAGA